CCCUAACAACGCUAUUUCCCUCCCAUGGCUCUGUCCUCUCAAAACACAUGUCGCAUAUCUCGACGAUCCUCUACUUAAUCCAAACCUCCAAUGCUUCAUGCCUGGAGUAUUGGCUGCCAUUACAGGAGUGUAACCCAGCACUGUACCUCUUGGCGCUCUAUUUAAAUUUUGGCAGCCUCCCAUUGAGGGCAAUAUAUAUAUGGUUUUCUUUUCACAGACCUCCCCGACACCAAUAGCAGUCUUGCUGAGUGAUCGAUGGCAUUCCUAUUUAACCGCGCGAGGCCACGACAACCUGCUGAGGUCGCGCGGUCAAUAAAGGACCUCGUCGUGCGCUUGUGGGACAACUCGAAUGGCGGCUCAAAGGUGGAGGAUGAUCUAGCCAAGCAAUUGGCUCACAUGAAAUUGAUUGUUCAAGGGACACAGGAAGUCGAUAUCCUCCCUGAGCAGGUACAUCAAUUGGUACAAGCAGCCAUUCAAGAAGACCUACUCUACGAACUAGCCCGAAGUAUCCGCCAUCUACCAUUCGAGGCAAGAAAAGAUACGCAGACCAUCUUCUCUCACAUCCUCCGUUUCAGACCUGCCAAUGCGAACUCUGCGGAUCCCCCCGUCGUAUCUUAUAUUGUCCAUAACCGACCGGAGAUCAUAACUGAGCUAUGUUGGGGCUAUGAAAAUCAUCGAAGUGCCAUGCCCUGUGGAUCUAUACUGCGUGAGGCUCUAAAGUUCGAGGUCAUCGCGGCUAUUAUACUCUACGAUGAGUCGGCCAGAGAUGAGCCUACCAUCCGAAUUAACGAGGUCGAUCCUGGUGCGAAACAAACGGGAGAAGGGCUCCUUUGGAAUUUUUUUCAAUGGAUCAACCGCGGCAGUUUUGAAGUCAGCGCUGAUGCGUUUACUACAUUUCGGGAUGUUCUUACGAAACAUAAAGGCUUGGUGUCACAAUACUUGUUAUCCAACUUUGAACUGUUCUUCAGCAAAUAUAAUAGUAUUCUCGUCCAGUCAGACUCGUACGUGACAAAGCGACAAAGUAUUAAGCUGUUAGGCGAAAUCCUCCUAGACCGGACGAAUUAUAACAUCAUGACGAAAUAUGUUGACCGCGGAGAUCACCUCAAGCUGUGCAUGAAUCUGUUACGAGAUGAUCGUAAAAUGGUUCAAUAUGAAGGUUUUCAUAUUUUCAAGGUCUUUGUCGCAAACCCGAACAAAUCUGUUGCCGUCCAGAGAAUCUUAAUCAACAACCGAGACCGCCUGUUAAAGUUCCUCCCUAAGUUCUUGGAGGACAGGACGGAUGAUGAUCAGUUCACGGAUGAAAAAAGUUUCCUCGUCCGCCAGAUUGAGAUUCUGCCACCGGAACCCACUGAACCUAGGCAAGGACAGGGUGUCAAUAAUAAUAAUAAUAGUAAUAAUUUGAAUGGAUCUGGAUCUGGAAGAGGUACCGCCGCGGAGGCUUAAAAAUAUAUAUUUUAAGUUCCUGCGCUGCGGCGCUGUGGUGAUCCCGUGCACAAUUUCGCUGCCAACCAUUGUUUCUUCCCCCUUUCAACGGUUUCCAUUUGUUUUAUUUUCUUUGCUCCCAACAUGUCGGGUAUACAUAGCCACGGGAACAUCUAGAUAUCCCCUUCCCUUCACCUACGACAACUCCCUCUCAUGUGCACGUGCUUCCUCUAUUUUAGCAACAUACUUUUUCUUUUUUCCCAGGCCAUUAUUCGUUUCGAAGAAGUAGUAGGAGGGAGGCAGGUGGUAAUGGUAGACGGAGUUUUGGGCGGGAAUUGAUUUUUGAAUACCACGGAAUAAAUGGGUGUUGUUUGGUUCACUAGAUAGUUUCUAUAUAUAAGUAGUUUACUAUAGCCUGUCAUCAGGAGAACAAAGCCAAUGCCUGUAUGUAACAAUUUAUUAAUAACAGAGUUCUAGGGUACCAA